AUGGCUAUAAAUAUGGAAUUUGAACAAUCUUUUAAUCAAGAUAAUAUUAUAAUGAUAUUAUCAAAUAAUAAUAACAAUAUAAAUAAUAAUACUCACUAUCAAAAUUUUAAACCUACAAUAAGUAAUAAUAAAGGUCAUAAUGACAACCACUCAUUCACCAAAGAUUCAGCAAAUGAACCAAGACCUAUAUCCCCAAAUUCAAAACCAUCAAGAAAACAAUUAAGAAAAACUUCAUCAUUGGUUGUAUUACAAGAAACCAAAACUCAUCCAUUAAAUAAUAAUACUAAUACCAAAAAUAAUAUACAAUCAAAUGAAGAUAUAUUAGAUGAUGAUUGUUCAAGUGAUUGUGAAUGUAAUUAUUCAGAUGAUCAAUCUUCAGCAUCUGAUGAAGUUUCAUAUAAUUCUUAUUCCUCAUCUCCAAUAAAAUCUUCACAAUCGUUCUUAGAUUACAAUAACAAUAAUAGAAACUAUACAUGUUCAAUUUACAAAAGUGAUGAAUUCGAAGAUUCAAAUAAUAUAUCAAUGUCUGUAUCAUCAUCAAUAUCAUCAUUAAUUACAACUCCUAUAUCAUUUAAUGAAUCUAUAUCUUCUUUAUCAACUUCACCUACUAUAGUUUCAAUUAAUAAUUCUACAAGAUCUUCAUCAAUACCAUCAUCAUAUAGUACUUCUCCAAUUUCAACAAAAAAUUUACCACGAUCAUCAUUAACAAGUUUUGCAUCACAAUCAAUUUCUUUAUCAACUGUUUCUUCACAAAUUUCAAUAAGAUCAUCACCACCAAAUAAUUCUUUAACAUCAUCAACAGAUUCAUUAUAUAGUAUACUAAGAAAUUCGAAAUCUAAAGAUGAAACCACCAAAUCAAAAUUUACAAAAUCAUUAGUUUCAAAUUUAACUACAUCAGUUCAAAAUUUAAAAAAUUCAACAAAAGAUAAAUUAAUAAGUUUUAUAUCUGAUUCACCAAGAUUAACUGAUGAUAAAUUACCAUUUCAUAAACAACAAAAGGAGGAAUCAAAAGAAAUAGAAGAACCGGUACAUCAAUCCUCAGAGGAAUUAAUCACAUUCAGUGAAGUUGAACAUGAACAUGAUACGAUUUUACCAGAAAAUGCCACCGCCAUCAAUAACAAUAACACAGUAACAAGAACAAUUUUCAAAAAUAGAGAUCAAAGAAUCAACUCACAAUUUUUAAGAUUAUACGCGUAUGAUUAUAAUUCAAGAAUAAACACAAGAACAUUACCAAAUUCACUAACUCAAGAAGAUUUAUAUUCAAUGAUACGAAAAAAUCCAAAUUUGAAAAAGUUUCAUCAAAUUCAUAACAUCUACAAAAUUUCAAAUUUAUCUCGUGAGAAAUUAUGGAACUCGGUAGUUCUAAAACCAAGAUUAGACGACUCACCACAAGAAUUCAUUGACUCAGAAAAUUAUAUUUUCAUAACUUCUAAUUUGACAUCUAAAGAUAAUCACAAAAACGCUGGCGUUUUAAAUCGUUCAAUAACAAGAAAACAAGGUAAAUAUUUACCAUGGGAUUUAAAACCAAGUAUUAAACCUUGUGGUAUAUUAAAAGGUGGUAAAUGGGAAUUUAAUGGUAAAGCUCCUAAUUCUGGAGUUACAAAAACUCAAUAUACUGUUAAAGGGUGGUGUAAUUCAAGAUGGGUUGAUUGUAGUUAA